GGAGGCGUUGAGUUGGCGCUUGGAGCUGCUGCUCGUCGUAUUGCUUUCACCGGUAUCGCUAUGGUGACCAUGAUGGUGACGGCUGCAUCGACGGUGUCUUCUGCAAUGACCCUUGUGAUGCCGAUGCUGAGACGAGGAGAAUAA